GUGCUCCUUGACCAAGGCUACACUGAUGAGCCCGAAUGUAACCCGUCAACGAGUUAUUGCUCUCUACAAGGAGCUUAAUCGCCUCGGUCGAGACUACCCGGAUCCAUCGUACGACUUCAAUGGACGGAUGCGGCGUAUGUUCGAGAAGAACAGAGACCUGACGGACCCAGAAGAUAUCGAGAAGGCGAUCAAGUUCGGCGAGUAUAUCAAGAAUGAGACCCUAGCUUUGUAUUCUCUGCGCAAAUACCGACAUCUGAAGAGGAUGUACUAUCCUACCAGUCUCGACGAGGGGACUGAAGGGAAAUCAUAGUCCUCUGGGAGACACCUAGGAGACGUGGGAGGUUUUAUUGGCCUUUAUUCAAGCCUUUUCGUAUAGCGAUUACAGUCGACUCUGUCUUAACCCAUAACGGGUCGUGGAACCCAAAAGUUAUGGGUUUCUGCAGACUAUGGGUUACCAGAACGUGUGACACUAUGUGACU